CGAGCUCAUGCCUCCAUGUGGUGGCGCACAGUUUUGUCAUCUUUGGUCGUCUUCCGAGACGCUGAGGCUGUAGAUCUUCCUCUGCCCAGAGUUUCUGCUCGCUGUGCUUCAGCCUCGCGUACGUCUGCGCCGCAGGCGGGGGCUGUCUGCCAUGGGGACUCAUUAAUGAGUGCUCCUCUCCCCAUGUGGAGGAAUGUUCGCACCGGCGAGCGAGACAGAGCGAUGGAGUCACAGGGAGGGAGGGGAGGAAGUGCAGGAGGCGCCGGCGUACCUGCUGCUGCCGCCGCUCCAACAUCCUCCGCCGGCUCUCUGGGAGCUGACGCCGCUGUGGGACAAUCCCAGGCGGUGGCGGCGGCCGGGGUCGCAGCUCUGUGGACACAAGUGAUGGAGGAGGAGGAGGAGGAGGGGAUGGGGGUGAACGGAGAGCUGCUGCCGGGACACCCGUACCUGAGGGACGGGGCCGUGAUGGAGAGUCCCGCCGGAGAGACCGGCGUGCUGCAGUACCCCACAGAGUACGGUCACCGCCACCGGUGUGGAGAGAAGAUGCCGUUCCACCAUGUGACGGCAGGCCUGCUCUACAAGGGGAACUACCUGAGCCGCUCGCUGUCUGACAGCGACAGCGAGGUGCUCGCCAGCAUCUCUGUGGAAGAGCUGGAUGAGAUCCGCGAGGCCUUCAAGGUCCUGGACCGCGACGGGAACGGCUUCAUCUCCAAACAGGAGCUGGGAAUGGCAAUGCGGUCUCUGGGGUACAUGCCCAGUGAGGUGGAGCUCGCCAUCAUCAUGCAGAGACUGGACAUGGAUGGUGACGGACAGGUCGACUUUGAAGAGUUUAUGACGAUUCUCGGCCCCAAACUCCUGUCGUCUGAAACGAGAGAAGGUUUCCUGGGAAACACAAUAGACACCAUUUUCUGGCAGUUCGACAUGCAGCAGAUCACCCUGGAGGAGCUGAAGCACAUCCUCUUCUACGCCUUCCGAGACCACCUGACCAUGAAGGACAUCGAGAACAUCAUCAUCAACGAGGAGGAGAGCCUGAAGGAGAACGCUGGGAACUGUCAGAUGGAGUUUGAAGGAGUUCACCCCGCGAAGAAGAACCGUCAGACCUGCGUGAGGAAGAGCCUCAUCUGCGCUUUCGCCAUGGCCUUCAUCAUCAGCGUCAUGCUCAUCGCAGCCAAUCAGAUGCUGAGGAACGGCAUGGAGUAGCCCCGCCCACUGUGAGCCUGCAUGUGCAUGGCAGUGGGUGAAUGUCGAGCAAUGAACUACAAGGAAAGAGAACCAUCAUCAGAGAUUUUUCUGAAGGAAAAGCCAGAAGAUCGUCUGCACCUGAUCCAAAACCACGAAGCCAGCAGGAGGAGUCCUGCUCCUCCCCCUUUUCUCUGACAGGGACUCUCAAGGGCUGACGCUGCGUUCACUGUCGUCUCCGUUUCCCUGAUGCAAUAAGAAGAAACCUUCUCCAGAAAAAUCCCUGCAGGAGUUGAGAGACGUGCCACGAGACCCAGACAGGAGCUCCAUGGAAGAACUAGACUUUGAGAAGAAAGGCGUCCUCCUUCUGUCGUCCUUAUCAUUCCUUAUUUACAUCAGGUUUCAUCUUUGGAUGGAACCGUUAAAGAGGGUCCACAGAAAACUCCAAAGGAAUCGUUUAAAACCAAAAAUUCACAUGAAAAAAAAAAGCAUUCCAUCAGAAAAACCUGUAAAUAGAUCAAUGUAGAAAUGACUCCUUCUUUAGUCAUGAGGUUACCAGCAGGAAAAACAUCAAAGCUGCUCCCAGUUUGGUUUUUAUUUCAAUAUUUCAGACACCAACAAAGUUUUUUGCGCCAACGUUGUGUAAUUGCGGUUAGCUCCACCCCUCACAUGAUCACAGAUUAACAGAUUAAUCCUGAAAGGAGCUGAAGAAACGUCACAGAUCUGGUCUUUCACAGGAACGAGGCUCGGUUCUGGGCCGGAGCUUCGUUUCCAGAAACGUCUCCACAGAAGGUCACGCCCACAAUCCGUCGUCAGGUUCCUCCACAGACGCAGUAACUUCUGCAGCCGUUCUUUGUCUUACCUUUCCUCUGGUCAGCACAAAACCCCGACAUCACGGAUCCACCUGACGAUGUUCUGCCAGGUUCAGCAGCUGCUCCAUCUGCCGCCUGGAUGGGGCGGCCCACUCCACCUGUGUGCAAGAGAAGAGCUAAGACGAUGGUGUCAGAUCCAAACGCUGCACAGCUGAGCCCUUUAUUCAAGCUGUUUGUUCAAAAGAAUACACAACAUGCUGAGCCUUCGUCACAUGAACCUGUAUGGGGGGUUGACCCCAACGGGUACUGUUGGUUUUCGGGUUGUCCGGGCCCCUUGGAGGGUUGUAGAGAGGAGCGACCGCAUCACAAGGUCCCACUCCCAACUGUUUUUAUUCUAUUGUAAAACUCUUCAAAGUGGUCUUUUAAUUAUGAUGAUAGAGUUUUGUUUUUUUAAGACACAUUUUCUGCAGAUCGGCAGUGGCUCAUUAGAAAUUCACCUCUGAUUUGUGGACAGGACUGUUGGCACGGAGCAACGCCGCCCCCUUUCCCUUUCCUGUUGCUGAGAGCUGUUUGCACGCUUCUGUGCGAGCUUAUAUAGCCCCAAGUUAACAUAAAAAGAUUAAAAAAAGGCGAGCAACAUCGGAGCUUAUCCAGCCGAACAGUUUUGGUCAGACGAGGAAAACGAAUCCGCACAUGGGGGGGGGUAGGAAGAACAUGACUUUCAUUGGAGUGGGUCUUUAAAAUCUUUCAGUUUUUAACUUUGAUUUCUAAAUGUGUAUUUAUUUUGACAUUUUUUGUACUUUUUCCAGAUGACCAAUUUGUACUUUCAGUUUAAAAUAUUCAUCUGUUUGUUCGUGUUACGGAUUUUUGUUCAUUUUAAACUUCAGAGUUGCGGUCAGAGAUCCUGGAUCUCCUCGUCUUGAAAGGGUCAGGAGCAGCCGAGAUGUUGGAGCUGAUGUUCAGGGAGCAUCGAUGUGCGUUUGUGCACAGACUGCAGAAAAAUUAAUGGUUUUUGGUUUUGUGUCGCGCGAGAACUUAUUUGCAUCUGGCGGAUCUUUGGCCUCCGAUUGGCUCGAAAACUCCUGCAGAGACUCAUCUGAGCUUCUAACCCCUAUUAUCAAGUGCAUGUGAUCAAAUCUAUGUCUUCUGUAAAUACUGCGUCUUACGUGUAGGUGUGCAGCGUCUUUCUGCGUGCAUGACUGUCUGUGCGCACCGGGGGUCGGAGAGCAGCUGCGCAGACGCUCCCGCUGGAGCAUCCGGAUGCAGCCGGAGAGCGUCUGCCCUGGUCCUCUUCCUCCUCCUGACAAAGCCAUACCCGUCUGCAGAGGCGACACGUUCAUGUGUGAAGCAGUGCUGAGCUCCGAGCUGCAGGCUGGUGCGAUGGCGCCACCUGGAGGGGAAGUGAGCUCCCAGCAGUCGUGCUUCUGUCUCUCCACAGUGAUUUGUGCGUUUCUCAUUUCAAACAUGAGUAUAAGUAGGCAUUAUCUUACCAAUAUAUGAACAUUUUUGAUUCUAAACGUUGAAAUGUCCUCAUGACUUCAGACAGCACGUCAUUCUUUGAUGUAAUCAAUCUAUGAAGACUCUCAUUCAUCCAGGUUGAUUCCAUCACAGUAGUAGGUUUAGGGGCUGUCAUCUGUUUUUAAAUUGACAAAGCCUCUUGGAUAAAGAGGUGAAACGUCUUCUAACUUUAAAAACUAAGUCCAGAUGACAGCCUAAACCUACUGCUAUGAUGAUGUAAUCAACACUUUUUUAAAAAUCCUCGUUUCAUUUUGGAUACUACAGGCACGCCGCUCCUUAAAGAUGAUGCUGUUGAUGUUGGCACCUGUGAACUCGCGUCCAGAUUUUGGAAGACUUGUUUCUUCCAUCCGCUGGCAAUAAUGAGGAGGGUUUCCCUGCAGAGCUGUGGUGCAGUGGGAGUCCAGAACCUGGGCGGUGGCUUUGGGGAGGGGCCUUGGUGUCCAUGCAGAGCGGCCGCAUGUCUACCUGAAGCCCAGCGGCUGGAUCUCACUGUCUCUGAUGUACCAUCCUUCAUGGCUAAUAACUAGAAGACAAGCACAUUCUGUAGUCUGCAUGUGCAACGUUUGAGCAUAGUCUAGAAAAUGACUCCGUUAUAAUAUUUAUUAGAUGCAUCACUAUUAUAUUGUACAUAUGGGAUUCUGUACAAAAAACAAGAAUUGUUGCAAUAAACAUGUUUUUUAAAA